AUGAACCCAGGCAAACUAUUAUGGUUUAUCACUGUUCUAUGGAUCUUCAUUCACGCAACUGCGUUUCUAACAGCAACCAUAACACUCUAUGUGAGGCGUAAUCGUUUUCUACUCGUAUUCAGUAAGGAGUCGGUGAUUAUGGCAAUAUCCAUUACAGGAGUUCACGCUGGAUGGCUAUUUAUCUGCAUCGCAACAGCUCUGCAAACCCUUCGUUUGAAAAAAAGAGGUGCUGCUUUGAUAUUCCUAGGAGUCCAUUUUGUCAGUUUGAUUUUCGAACUCUUCUUUCUAAUUUAUGUUUUCAACCGGAGAAGUGAAUUUUUCAGGGAAAGCAUCACCACAAUGGUCAAAGGACUAGUUGAUAAUUACUUGAGAUUUAAUAUGUCAAGGAGAUAUGCCGAUUGGGUAAACGAUAAAUUUCAAUGCUGCGGUCUAACACAAUGGCAUCGUGAAUGGUGGAUGGAUGAAGAAGGAUUUCUGAAGCAAGAAUUUAAGUUUGCCUGGGUUCCAGAUAGCUGUUGUCUUGAAAACUAUCGUUAUAAAAAUUGUGGAAUAGCUUACCCACCACGAAAACCUGGAGCAACGAAGGAGGAUAAAUCAGCGACCGAUAUAAGGGACUUUUACUAUGAUUCAGGACCUGUGUCGGCCACGUACUGGUAUAUGAGACUGAAGAAUGAGCCAUGUCCAGAUAUGAUUAUUGAAAAGCUUGGUGAAACAUCAACUUACAUUUUGAUGAUAUUAAUUACUCUGAGUUUCACUAGAUUUAUAAUCUCCUCUGGAGCUGUAAUUGGUUUUAUUGGAGCUCGCUCCAAGGGAUUUAAUUUGAGAGAACUGCUUCCACCAAGUUGUUUUGAUCCAAACGGUCGAAUUCUAAAACCACAAUUUAGAGAAAUGCUCUCCCGGAUGAAUAUCCACUUGAUUGAUGAAAAUUUUCGUCGACUCUGGGAACAGAAAUUUGAUUUAGGCGGCAUUGGCUCAAUUUCAACAAAACAGUUAAUCGACCAACUCAAUCUUACCGCAGAGGGUGUGCCAAAAGAUAAAUUACCGAAACCGAAUCACUACAAAUUUCCUAAUUCACAUAGAUUAAAGUAUGAAAUCUACGAUGAAUACAAACCCAUUUUGAAGGAGAAUCCUUGUCGUCCAUUGGCUCUUGAACCAGUAACUAAACCGUUGCUAUUUAAGACAGAAGGUGGAGAUGGUUGUGAUACAAUUCAACCCAAGUCGCCAUUAAAUGUAUCAAUUCCCACUCUUCCAAUACAUUUCAGAGACGAAUUGGCAAGACUGCAACAUAAUCACCCAUGCAUCAGGGACACUUUGGAUUUUUUAAGAUAUCUGCUUCGCUGUUCUCUGGUUGCCUUGAACAAUGUAUUUAGGAGAGGCGAUGCGGGAAAUACUGGCUGUAUAUCAGUUGCUUAUCUAUUGGCGGUAAUAAGAGAUCUUGGAAUUAAAGUUACCGAGGAGGAAGUGAAAAAGUAUUGCAGAAGGCGGGAUCUAUUUGCCAAUAUGGGCACUGAUUCCUGCAAGGCAACUGGGAAUAAAGUACUUUAUGGUAAAAUCUUGAUGCAAUUGAAGUGCAAUCAACCUCACCGUCCAACUCCAAAUCUAAACUACGAUCCUUGCGAAACGAACAGUCGGAGAAUGGUCCGUUACCUGGAAGAUGAAAUUUACGAAAUCGUGUAUGCAAAUCAAUUAGACUUCAUUGCCAAGCUAAAAAAGUACAUAAAGAAGGGUAUUCCCUUGCCACAUUUCCGCAGACUUAUUAAUUGGACCUUCGGAUUCGAUUUGGGUGAAUGUGCAUGGAAAGAACUUGUUCGUCAAGUUCGACUUAUUAAUGAUUGCAGAGUAGACGUUGAGCACUUUAUUUCCUCCGUUUUCGAUAAAUGCAAGCAAUCUUCUGACGACAGUUCUUACGCCAGUAAAUGGUUACUCGAUCCUCAGUUGAGAGAACUCGUCGUUUUUACAGGGGAGCAACGUGACUUAAGUCAACUUCUUUUAGCCCUGAAGAAACUAAUAACAGAACAAUUCCAUGUUAUUGAUAAAGUAACUACAGCAUUAAAGUAG